CACCACGACGAGGAUGCGGGAGAAAGAAAGAGAAUGUCUCUUACGGUUGGGGGAGUAUUAUUAUCUAAAAUUUAUUGUUAUAUAAUGAUAAUUAUAAUUGGGGUAUUCAGUAAACCGGAGUAUUAUUGCAAAGAAGAAGAAAAGAGGAAGUAAUCGUGUGUCGCGUUAAAUUAGUUGCGCAUGCGGCUUGCCGCAUUCUAGAUCGGGUUGGUUUGCUGUUGCAUCCAUUGCCGUCUGGCUCCCGAAAAGGUAACCCCCGUCUUCCUGGCAGCAGCAAUUCGUGGUGGUCGAUGCGUCCACUGGGAAUAGCUGCGGUGGCUUUUCCAUGGAUCGUCAGCGUCCGUCGAUUAAAUAUCUGUGGGGUUAGAGAGGAAAUUUUGGAUUUGGGCUCUCUUAGGGGACUGGGAGAGGGAGAGGAAGAGAUUGAGAGAGAGAGAGAGCACUUGGCUGACGAGCCACGGUAGAAAAUUAUUGGAAGGGAGGUGCUUUCUUUCUGUAUUCAAUGUCCUUCUGUCACUACCCCCUCCUGGGUUGUGGUUGGAAGUGAUCAAUUCCAGAACUGGGUGAUGAUGCCCUACGACCGGAGUGAUAGGCAGUGGAGAGCGAAAGCAAAAAUAUUGCAAAGAAAGAAAACUAAAAACAAAAAACAAGUUAAACAGAAGGAAAUCGAUUGUGUACGCGUCGCUGGACGUUGUCGUCAUCGUCAUACGCAGCAGUGGUGAUUGUUGCGUGAGGGCUUUUACAUUUUUUCAAGUCUGUGUUUUGCAUGAUGCGGGUUCUGCCAGUGUGACAGAAUUAUAGUUUCACUUGAGGGGGUUGAUUGAUCGAGCCCGCGGAAGUGGAGGGAGGGAGCCGAGGAUUGGAGUACCUAGCGCAGGGCAGGAAAAUUGGGUUUCUGUGCGCCUGGCCAGGAGUGUCUAGAUAGAAUGCAUUGGGAGAAGAGCUACUGCUGCUGCAGAUUGGGGUUUUAGUGCGGGAGCUAGCGGAGUAAGGGACGAGUUGCAGAGUGACCUGAGAGAUAGUGGCCUUGAGGCAAAGCCUGCACCGUCUGAAAGAGGGGCAUGGUCAGCUCAUAUCUGCGCAAUAACAACGACGACUGGGUUUACAAUCCCGAAGAUUUGCUCACCUACCGUGUGGAGAAGGCAUUGGACGACGUAGAAAGGUGUGCAAAAGAAGUAAGGUCAUAUGGUGGUGGGAGAAUUAGGAAGCCGGGACGGCGGAAAAAGGCAGCGCAGGUCAUAGUGCGAUGGAUUUGGGGUCUGGCCGUGACGGCACCGAUCAACAGCAACAGCAGCAGCGAGGUCCGCAUCAAACUCAGCAGCAACAACAGCAACUACCUCAACCCCAGCCACUCGCAUCGUUGCCUACCUCUAUUCCCUUGCUACUGCCGCCGGCGCUGGCCGUAUCCAACUACCACCCCACUCCAGUUUCAGUGCAGCCGCAGCACCAACAGCAUCAUGAGAUGCCAGGUGCUGCGAAGCCGAAGCUGCUGAAUACUCCAAGCGGCAACGGAGGCUCGGUGCAAUCCAAGAGCGACCAUGUAGCCGCAGAUCAGGCUCGCGAGAUCGUACGUCAAGCAGUGCAGGUUGCGGGUGCAGCCUCAGAAUCGGCAUCCGCGAAGCUGUCAAAUGUGAAGAAGGGUGCCUUCCGGUACCGGGAGUGCCAAAAGAACCAUGCAGCCAGCAUUGGUGGACACGCCCUCGAUGGUUGCGGGGAGUUUAUGCCCGGUGGCCAAGAAGGUACGGUGGGCGCGCUCCGGUGCGCGGCCUGCGACUGCCACCGGAACUUCCAUCGUCGAGAAGUCGAAGGCGAAGUUCUGUGCGAGUGUAAGCGCAAGCCGAAGCCUGGUAUGCAACUGGGUGCAGGGAUUGUCACACCCCACCAGCUGCCCGGCGGGACCAACACAUCUACCCCAAUGGGAGCUCUGGCGCUCCCGCCCAGCGCUGGCGCUAUGACACCGUUGACGACGGCUGCAUUGAGCGCUGGCGGUCUCACCGACAGCGACGAGCAAGACGACGGUCUUGGUAACAGUGCCGGUGGCAUGAUGAUAUCCAUGAGGUCCCCCUCUGCGAUCAAGAAGCGAUUCCGGACGAAAUUUUCGACAGAGCAAAAGGAUCAGAUGUGUGCGUUUGCAGAGGAGCUCGGUUGGCGCAUCCAGAAACACGACGAAGCGGCCGUGCAGGAGUUCUGCACGACGGUCGGCGUCAAGCGGCAUGUCUUGAAGGUGUGGAUGCAUAACAACAAGCACACUGUAGGAAAAAAGCCGUAACCUUCAUGACAUCUGCAAUUCUUGGCAAAGUAGAUGCACCUCUUCAUUUUUCUCAGAUGUACCUUGAUCAACUACGAUCCACGCUUCUCCUCCCAUGCGGUUGACAAGUCUUUAUGCUCAACGACACUCCAAAUUCUGCUUACUAAGUAUCAACCGCCUGCGACAUCUUGAGCUUUCACAAUCUGCCAUGCCGCUAUGCAUGGCACAGUUGCCGCCUGAGUUCUCAGGAGCCUUGUUAGUUAAAGAAUUUGGUCCACAAUAAGAUCGGUGGUUGUUUUUCAUUCGAAUCAUUUUGGAUGAAGCGUGGAUCACUCAGCAGAACUUCCAUAGCUGUCGAGCUAGAGUACUUGUUCAAUUGAAACGCCCUGCUGCGUCACUGCUCGGCCAGCUCACGAAGACGAUAAUGACCCCUGUUUGUAAAGUACUAGAGAUUAGCUUCGAUUUCGUUGGCUCAAGUGUAGCACUGGUAGAUCAAAAGUACUGUGGGAGUAAUUGAUAGACUGCUACAAUUUCUAGAUUAGUUAACAUUGAAUCACAUAAGAGAGAUGUAGUAGCAGCAGCUUGGAUUUCAUUUCGGUCGAUUGCAUUGCCAGCAUUGGCAUCGAAGUCGACAUGUUCUAGAGCCCGCUCCUGCGGAGCUGUGAGUGACCCACGUGAUGCCAUAUCAGCAACAACGACGCAGCACAAUGUUGUCCCAGAGGAUCAUAUCGGGAAUCUGGGCUUCAUUGUCACAUUGUAACGUGGUUGUCAGAAUACUCUCUCCAUUUAUUUAUACCUAUGAUAUUAUUUCUUCUUGCUCAA